CCCCGAGCGCGCCCCGCGCGGGGCCGGGCUGAGCCGAGCCGCGCGGCCGCUCCGGACGCCGCGGGAGCCGGAGCGCGGACGUUGUGGGUCGCGGCUCGAGCGCGUCCCGGGCGCCCGGAGGGGCCGGCUCGCCCCGGGCCGAGCAGGGCAGCGCUCGGCAGAGACGGCCGAGUCGGACUGGACAGAGCCCAUCCCUGACGGGGCCCGGCCCGGUGGGUGCCGGGCGUGGACUCGGGGGGUCCCGGCGCCCUCCCAGCCCUGCGACUUUGGCUCUCGCGCUGGGACUGGCCCGGCGUCGCCCCAGUCGCCCUGAGCCCCGAUCACCUGUGGCCUGGGAGCCCCGAGCCCGCCAGACCCUCGCUCCUUCCCCACCCGGAGGCCUGGCGGGGCUUGGGGGUGCUUUUUCCGGCCCCUUUCUGGGGAGCGCGGAGGCCCCGCCCCCUCCCACCGCCCAGAUGUCCCCCGUGGCGGCUCUGAGAACCUCCCCCAGGCCAGUGGCCGAUGGGUCCAGAGAGAGAAGCCCGCCCUAGGGAGCCUUGGGGGCCCCCCAACAUCGUCUUGGGGCUUGCCCCCCCCCACCCCGACGCGUCUCGGAAGGAAGGCCGGUGUCCCCCAGCCUCGGGGGCUGCCCUCCGCCAGUCCCGCGCCCUGCCCUGAGCCGCCAGAGCCCGAGCUCCCGCACAGCUGGAAGACCCUGGCCACCCCUCACUCGCAGGUGUCAGAUGCAGCCUGGGACCUCUGCCUUGGCAACUGCCCAGGAGUUGUGAGGGGCUGGCUGCCUCCCGCGCCCCUCCCCAAGGGCGUCUCUUCCCCCGUAGACCUCCCCUGCCCCUGGGUGACCAGGGUCGCACCCCAGGGCACUUUGAGCCCUGGAUGCCCCUCCCCCUGCCCGCCGUGUCCUCUCCUUGACCCCCUUCUGCCAGACUCAGUCUUCCUCUGGGUGUCUCACCGCCCACCCAGUGGCAGAGGAGGCGGGGUGGCCCAGGACGAGGGGCUGGGUGAGGACCACCCAGGGCCAGGGUGGGCUGGGGGGCCGUUAAGAUGUGGAGCGCUGCCCAGCUGAGGGGGGCUCCGUGGAGGCAGACACAGCAAGUGCCCGGCGGGAGCCAGUAUGGGCAGGCCUGCGGCCACGUGGUAAAUGAUGAACAUUCGGGGCACCCCGGACCUCGGGCAGCCCAGUAACGACCCCAGCAGUGGUGGCGGCGGCGGCAGCGAACGGGAGCGGAUCCGGCAGCGCAUGAAGAUGGUCAUCGGGCAGCUCGAGGGCAUUCUGCGGGAGCUCAAGGAGGUGGCCAAGGAGCUCCGGGAGGUGGUGACCCAGAUCGACAAGCUAACCUCUGACUUUGACUUCGAGCUCGAGCCAGACGACUGGACCACAGCCACAGUCAGCAGCACGUCCAGUAGCGACAAGGCAGGCGUGGGUGGCCCCUUCGACCUGGCGCCCCUGGACUUCGUGACGGCUGAUAUCCUCUCGGACAGCUGGGAGUUUUGCUCCUUCCUGGAUGUCUCCACGCCCUCAGACUCCGUGGAUGGCCCCGAGUCUGCGCGGCCAGGCACGGGGCCCGACUACCGCCUCAUGAACGGGGGCCUACCCGUGCCCAAUGGGCCACGCGUGGAGACCCCUGACUCCUCCAGCGAGGAGGCCUUCGGUGCUGGCCCUCCCAAGGACCAGCUGCCCCAGCGGACCCCGGGCACACGGGAGAGGGUGCGCUUCAGCGACAAAGUGCUCUACCAUGCUCUGUGCUGUGACGAUGAGGAGGCAGAUGGCGACGCUGGUGAGGCGGAGGAGGAGGAGGCCGGCCUGUCCCCAGAGCCUCCCCACCAGGAGGACCGUGCUGGCACCCUCAAGGUCUCAGCGGUGCCCUACAAGCCCAGGCGCUCUCCAGUGACUGGCCACCGCACGGGCGCCACCUCGGCCCCCGAGCAUCCCCGUCGGGUGACCCGGAAUAGCAGCACCCAGACUGUGUCAGACAAGAGCACGCAGACGGUGCUCCCCUACACGUCCUCCAGGCAAAAAGGCAGGGGCAAGAACUAGAGGCCAGGUGGGGCCAGGGCGGGACAUAGAGCUAUAAAUAUCUAUAUUUAAGCACACACAGUCAUAAUAAAAUUUUAAAAUGCUAA